AUGAAUUAUUUUGACGAAAACGAAGCUAAGUAUAUAAAGAAACAGAAGAAAAUCGAAAGAUGUCAUAGUGUGUGGAAAAAAAUAAUUAGAAAAAGCUUAGGAUGUACUAGAGAAGAAAUAAGAAAGAGCGUUGCCAAGAGUAAAAGAGAAAAAGAAAGAUUAAUUUCUAUUCUUUAUGGAAGUGUAUUUAGGGGAAAAAAGUAUCUUCUAUAUACCAGAAAAUGGAGGGGAAAAACUUUAAAUGAAAUAAUUAAUCAAGACAAAAAAAAUUAUAUUAAUUUAAAAAAUUUAAAAAAUGUAGACAAUAGCUAUUUCUACAAAUUAGCCUUAGGAUACGUUGAUGAAAAUGAUAACAACAAUAUUAAAAACACAACAGAUUCACAAUACUUAAAAAAUGACCAUCAUGCUAAUACACGCUCAAAUGAAAGAAGAAAGGUGCAUAACCAAGAAUAUGCAAAUGAACAUAUCAGCAACCAGCCAACUAGCUACACAAACAACACUGCAAAUGUGCAUGCAAAUGUGCAUGCAAAUGUGCAUACAAAUAUGAAGAAGAAUCAAACACAUCUGAAUAACAGCAAUAUAAUGACCAGGAAAAAAACGCAUUACGCAGAAAAAAGUACACGGAUUAAUGAAAAUGAUCAAGUAUACGAAAAAUUAAAUUAUCUAGAAAAAAGAAGCUAUAAAAAUAGAUCUAAAAUAGAUAUCUACAACAACUCGCACAGUACAAAUGGGGACGCAAGCAAUUACUAUUACUAUGGCAACCAAAUCGAAAAUGGGAACUCUAAUUUUAAUUCAACUAGUAACUACUACAACAUAGGUAGUAACAAUAACAAUGUCAAUAGAGGUACAAACACGCGAAGUGCUAACAGCAGAAGUGGAAGCAACAUAAAUGAUCAUACAUGGCCUGAACCACAACCUGAUGAAAAUACAAUGAUCAAAUAUAAGUAUCUACCCACAGGGGUUUUCUACAGUAGAGUUUCAAGAUCAUUCAUAGCCAACUGGAUUGAUGAUAAAUCAAAAAAACAAAUUAAAAUGCCAUAUAAAAUUGCUGAAUUUGGGGUAGAAAAAUGUAUGAUUUUAGCCAUACUUUCAAGAAAUCUUAGAAUUAGCAAUCAAAAUAGUGCCUUGAAAUAUUAUGAUAAUUUAACUGAAGAUCAAAAAGAAAAAAUGUUACAAGCUAUUAGAACAACUCAGAAAAGCGAAAAGCUCUUUAACGAUAUGCUUAGGCCUAACACAAAGGACAUAUCUAAUACGGUUCAAAGUAGAACAUUUCCAACCUACACGUCUAUGUGGAAUGGGACGUGCAACCAAUCAGAUAGUCAAGCUGGCCAACCAAACAGACAAACAAAUCAACUAAAUAGACAAGCGGGCCAAAUACACAGCCAAACGAACCAACCAAAUAGCCAAGUGGACCAACCAAAUAGCCAAACGAGUGAACUACACAACCAAACGAACCAACCAAAUGUAUAUAAUAACAACUCAAUGAACCGGAAUAAUGAACCCAAACCAACUGCGAUUAAAAAAACAGGUAUUGAAAAAAAGAAAGCGAAACAGUCUUAUAACAACUUAGAGAAAUUACCUACAGGUGUUUAUUUUUAUCAAGGAUCAUAUGUAGCGAAUUGGUGGGAAACACAACAAAAGAAACAAUUCAAAGUUCCAUUUAAAAUUUCUGAACAUGGAAUAACAAGAGCCAAAAAUCUAGCCAUCAUUUCUAGAAUUCUCAGAUCUUCAUCCGUUCAAGAUGUAAAUGCAAUUUUAUCCCAAAUAGAACAAACUAAAAAUUUCACUAAAUUGAACUAUGCAACCAUUGCAACUUUAGCUUUUAAAUAUAUACAAAAUACUCCAAAAAAAGAGUAA